AGCAACGGUGUCAGAUACGGCUCUAAGCAGGUAGAAUGGCGGAGGAACGAGCAAAAUCGCUACGAUCCAAACGGAUCUUCAUCAAUCACCUUGAUUCAUACGCAGCCAAGAACAUUGGCAAGUACCUGUCUGCUUGUGUGGCCGGCGCAUCGCUUGAGGAACCCAUCGCAGAGGGCGAGGAAGAAGAUGACAAAUCAGUCCAGGAGGACACGUCAUUCAGUAAACCAAAGGAGGGUCUCUUUCAGAUCGUUGGAACUCUGUCAAACCCCAACGGUGAAAAGCUACAUUUUCCAGUAGAAACAUACAAGAUCUCGGGCAGGGAUGAGCUAUUGAGUCACCUUCUCGAGUGCGACAUCAUUGUUUACAAUAUUACGGAGGACGAAUCUCAGAUUGACGAGGCUUCUUGGGCGGCAUCUGCACUUCAUACUGAGCUAGAGCGAUUUGAGAGCCCCAAAAUAUUUAUACUGAUAUCUACUGUCAUGACCUGGGCCCGGAGUAAACCUCUAGAUCCAGAUGAUCCUGAAAUUCCUUUCACUGAAGAUGACUAUCGAAGGAGAAAGUGCCACCCCAAUUUUAAAGAUCACAUUAGUGCCGAAAAACUUGUAAUUAAGCUCGGGAAAUCGAACAAAGGCAGAUUCUCGACGUAUGUAAUUGCCUCUGCGCUUCCAUACGGGGCAGGAGAAGGGAUUCUUCACACGUUUUUCAAAGAAGCUUGGCUCGGAGAAACUUCAGCACUGCCUGUCUUUGGAGAAGGUUCAAAUUACAUCCCAUUCAUUCACAUCACUGAUUUGGCGAGCGUGGUGCAAAAUAUUGUAGAUCAAAGACCGAGAACUCACUACCUUGUAGCUGUGGAUGAUUCACUGCACACCCUGGAGGAAAUUAUUAAGUGUAUCAGCGAGCAUCUCGGAACAGGAAAAGUGCAGAAAGUUGCCAAAGAGAACGCGUUCCUCAGGAAAGACUUAACGCAACUAAAUAUUGACCAUUUGUUGGUGAAUCUGAGGAUGGAAGCUGUUUUCUUAAAGGAGAAUUUCAAUGUUAACUGGGUCGCGCAGACCGGUCUGGUGGAAAACAUCGAGUCCGUGAUCCGGGAUUACAAGGAAACCAGGGGGCUUCUGCCUAUCAGGAUCUGCGUUCUUGGUCCGCCAGCCGUUGGGAAAACAACGGUGUCCGAAUUAUUAUGCAAACAUUACAAACUGCAUCACAUCAAAAUAAAAGAUGUGAUCGCGGAAGCCAUUGAACGACUGGAAAGGCUGGUGAAAUCUGCAGAGGAGGAAGAAGAGGAAGGGGAAGAAAGUACAGAGAACUGGCAAGAAAUCUUGGAUGGAGUGAAAGAGAACAUGGAACAGAAUGGAGGACGCCUGGAUGACAGCUACGUCAUCAAGUUUGUAAGGGAGAAGUUAAAGUCCAUGCCGUGUCAGAAUCAGGGCUAUGUUCUUGACGGUUAUCCCAAGACCUAUGAACAAGCAAAGGAGCUUUUCAACUUGGAAGAAGGGGGCGAGGAGGAGGAAAGCAGAGGAAAAGUUCCUAACUUUGAUAAAACCAUCACCCCAGAUUACGUUAUUUCAUUGGAUGCCUCUGAUGAGUUCCUUAAAAAGCGAGUAAUUAACCUUCCAGAAGACAUAGUAGCGGGGACGCACUACACUCAGGAUCGAUUUCUGAGAGCUCUGCUCACAUUCCGGGACUUGAAUACCGAAGACGAAACCGUCCUCAACUAUUUUGAUGAGGCUGAAAUCCACCCACAGCACAUAGAUGUAUCUAAAGACGAUGACCCUCAGUACAGGGAGGUGCUGAAGCACAUAAUUAAGGAAGUGGGAGAACCUAGAAACUAUGGUUUGACACCCGAAGAAGUCGCAGAGCUAGAACUCAAGGCAGCCGAAGAAUCUUUGGCCCGGGAGGCAGAGAGAAAAGCCGAGCUGGAGAGGAAGGAGGCCGAGGAGGCUGCAGAAAGGAUGGCACGAUGGGAGGAAUGGAACCAACGUCUUGAAGAAUUAAAAAGACAAGAAGAGAAACUCCUGGAGGCCCAGUCUGUUCCUUUACGAAACUACCUGAUGAGGAACGUCAUGCCUACCCUUAUGCAGGGCUUGAAUGAGUGCUGUAAGGUGAGACCAGACGAUCCUGUUGACUAUCUGGCUGAAUAUCUCUUCAGAAACAAUCCCGACUUAGAAUAAGGGCAUCAAUUAGAGCGCGAAGUAAUAAAAAAUGAUUUAAUAAAACUGUACACAAGAAAAGGUUAACUAAA